AUGGUUCAGGCAUCGUAUAGAGUUGAACAAUGGACGGAAUAUGGCAUAGGAAUGUGUAUAUUUACUCUUCGUUUUUUUGCGAGGUGGAAAGUUGUGGGCAUUGCUAAUUUCGCGUGGGAUGAUUUCUUUGCAUUUGUCGCUAUGUGUUUGUGGACUGUCGGAUCUGCCACGGUCCAAAUCAUCAAUGAUUAUGGAUCCUUUGUUGGACUCAAUGAGCAGACGGCGGGUGCUUUAUCCGACGAAACUGCAGCAAGCUACGAAGUCGGAUCCAAGGCACUAUUUGUCGCGUGGAUUUCAUAUGUGACUCUCAUCUGGUCAUUGAAGGCAUCGCUACUGUUCUUCUACUCUCGUCUAACUAUGGCGGUCCUCAGCGCCAUCGCUUAUGUCGCCGUGCUCCUGACACUCUUCGGCCACUGUACGCCAAUUCAGAAGAACUGGCAAAUCAAGCCUUAUGCUGGAGUUGCGAACUACAUCGUGGUUGCAGCUCUCAACCUCUUAACUGAUGCGGGCAUCCUAGCCAUUCCUCUCCCUCUGAUCUGGAAAGUCAAAAUUCCCCUUCGGCGCAAGCUUAUCAUCGGCCUCUUACUGUCCUCUGGUCUUUUCGUCAUCACUGCCGCCCUCCUUCCCUGCAUUUUCACUCUCGCCUCCGUCUCUCAAAUCGGGAACUCAACUAUAUGGGGAAUCCGCGAAACCUUCGUGUCUCUCAUCGCCGUCUCAGCUCCCGUCAUCAAACCUCUCUUCAACAAAAGUCGCUGGAUUGGAAGCUCGAAUGACAAGAAUACGGGGUCAAGUGGGUUCAAACGUUUUGGUAGGAACCAGAGCGUAAGAGAACUCAGUGCUGCCCACAGUGCAACGAAGAUUGGGAACGACUAUGAUCUCGAAACUGGGAGAUCUGGGCAUAGAAAAGGAGACAUGUCACCGCUGUCGGACUUCGAGCUCAAGGAUUUGUCUAGACAUGGAAGCGAGGAAUAUAUCAUUGAGAAUAACAAUUCGAAGAGUGUCCCGCUGGAGAUCAACGUCACGACGGUCUAUGCCUUGGCUGACGAGAACGGAAACGAGACACCGGUGUCGCCGAAGACUGUUAAUGCUGAGAAGUCGGUAGAAGACAUCCAAAAUGGCGCGAGUCCGUUCAGAAGAGGGCCUGUUCCUAGGCGAGAAGGAUGGAAACCGCGAGGUGAGAAUAUAACGGAGAUCUCUGUUGGCGAAAGGCCGGAAGGGAGCGUCAGUAAGGCAAGCCGGAUGUUGGGCAUGGGUGGUAGCACCUGA